UCCUGCACACCACACUGACGACUGAGCUGAGCAACGUUAUAGCUAGCUAGUCGUGCACACAUUGAGCCUACACACCACGAAUUUGGGGCUCUCCACGGAGGCUGAAUUGGAGGACGAGGGCGUGUUGGUUUUCAUUGAACAUUUCACUUGUAAUUUUCUACAGUCUUGGUAACAGAACGGAAUAUAAUUAGGGUUUGUUUCAAAGAUUCGAGUAGCGAUGUCGGAGUUUUUGGUGAAUCUACUCGGGGAGCGGCUCGUCAACAGCGAGAAAGCCGAAGUGGAUGUGCAGGCGCUGGGCAGCAAGCUGUCCCUGGUCGGGCUCUACUUCGGCUGCAGUUUAAACGGCCCGUGUAAGCAGUUCAACGCCAGUCUGUGUGAGUUUUAUAGUAAGUUCAAAAAAUCAUCAGAACAUAAAGACAAAUUGGAAAUCGUCUUCGUCUCAUCUGAUCAGGACCAGAAACAUUGGCAAGACUUUUUACAAGAGAUGCAAUGGCCGGCAUUGCCUUUCAAAGACAGACACAAAAAGAUGAAGCUGUGGAACAAGUACAAGGUAACCAGUAUUCCCUCGCUGGUGUUUGUGGACGCGACUACUGGGAAGGUGGUGUGUCGGAACGGACUGCUGGUGGUGAGAGAUGACCCUAAAGGCCUGGAGUUCCCUUGGGGGCCCAAGCCCUUCGCAGAGGUGGUGGCAGGCCCUCUGCUCAGGAACAACAGGCAGACUACAGACAUCAGCUCCCUGGAGGGCCACUAUGUGGGAGUGUACUUCUCAGCACAUUGGUGCCCUCCAUGCCGCGGCCUGACCCGGGUGCUUGUGGAGUCCUAUGGCACUGUAAAGGAAUCGGGUCAGAAGUUUGAGAUAGUGUUUGUUAGCGCUGACAGGUCGGAGGAGUCCUUUAAGCAGUACUUCAGUGAGAUGCCUUGGUUGGCAGUUCCAUACUCAGAUGAAGCCCGGCGAUCACGACUCAACAGACUCUUUGGAAUACAAGGUAUUCCCACCCUGAUUCUGCUGGAUGCCGAGGGUCACAUGAUCACGCGACAGGGCCGUGUGGAGGUGCUGAACGACCCAGAGUGUCGGCUCUUCCCCUGGCACCCCCGGCCCGUGCUGGAGCUCAGCGAGUCCAACGCUGUGCAGCUCCACGAGGGGCCCUGCCUCGUACUGUUUGUGGAUGCGGAGGAGGAGGGAGAGCUGGAGCCGGCGAAGGAACUUAUCCAGCCAAUCGCGGAGAAGAUCAUGGCUAAGUACAAAGCCAAGGAGGAGGAGACGCCGCUGCUCUUCUUCGUGGCUGGCGAGGACGACAUGAGCGACUCCCUGCGAGACUACACCAACCUGCCUGAGGCCGCUCCACUGCUCACCAUCCUGGACAUGUCCGCCCGGGCCAAGUAUGUUAAGGAUGUGGAGGAGAUCACGCCGGCUGUGGUGGAGACCUUCGUCCAAGACUUCCUGGCUGAGACGCUCAAACCGGAGCCCAUCUAGGAAGGACGCCCAGGAUGCUUCCCAACUGGCACACUAUUCCCUAUGUAGUGCACUACCCUGGUCAGAAGAUGCUCACCUAGAAACGGGACUGAAACCCACAGCUCCAUCUGAUCAAACCCUGACCCCCUGGCUCCUGCCAUCUCCAUCUGAUCAAACCCUGCCCACUCCCCCCCGGCUCCUGCCCACUCCACCUGACCAAACCCUGACCUUCUGGCUCCUGUCAUCUCCAUCUGAUCAAACCCUGCCCACUACCCCCCCCUCCCCAGCUCCUGCCCACUCCACCUGAUCAAACCCUGACCCCCUCAGCUCCUGCCAGCGCCAUCUGAUCAAACCCUGCCCACCCCCCCCCCACCCCGGCUCCUGCCCACUCCAUCAGAUUAAACCCUGACCCCACCCCCAGCUCCUGCCAGCUCCAUCUGAUCAAACCCUGACCCCACCCCCGGCUCCUGCCAGCUCCAUCUGAUCAAACCCUGACCCCACCCCCAGCUCCUGCCAGCUCCAUCUGAUCAAACCCUGACCCCACCCCCGGCUCCUGCCAGCUCCAUCUGAUCAAACCCUGACCCCACCCCCGGCUCCUGCCAGCUCCAUCUGAUCAAACCCUGACCCCACCCCCAGCUCCUGCCAGCUCCAUCUGAUCAAACCCUGACCCUGCCCCCGGCUCCAGCAAGCAUCCUCCCCUUUGUCAGAUUCCCAUCUCUCCUUUCUGUCAGACUGUUAGAGAAAGGUCUCACUUUUUACUGACAUUUAAACUUUUCUUAAACAUGCCCUUCUGUCAUGGAGUGUUCUCCUCCUGUGGUGCCUUGCAGUGACUGUAGUCCUACACUAUAUAGACUAAAUGGAGAUUCUGUUGCUUGUUGGCAUCCAGUCAAUAGCUUAUUUUUUAUCAGUUUUGUUAUUAGCAUUAUUGAUACUAGAAGAAACCACAUGCUCAAUGUUGAACAAAUGGACUUGAAUUUUCACCAUUAUUACCGUUGCCUUUGUCUUCUCAAUAAUGCCUCCUUGCUGUAGUGUUCCAAACUGUGCUGAGAAAGAAUAAAAUGAUUGCAACACAUUUAAACUCCUGUAAUUUA